ACCACCUCCAGAGCUCAUACUCUCUCACACCAACAUCAAUAUUCUCUUAGCUUCUUCCACAUUACAAUCUUCUCAUUUUAAGCUCUUUAAUCUUCAUCAUGGGCGUAUUCACUUAUGAAACCGAGUUCACCUCUGUCAUCCCACCACCAAGACUCUACAAGGCCUUUGUCCUUGAUGCUGAUAACCUCAUCCCCAAGAUUGCACCACAGGCUGUGAAGAGUACUGAAAUCGUUCAAGGUGAUGGAGGUGUUGGAACCAUCAAGAAGAUUCACCUCGGUGAAGGAAGCGAAUACAGCUAUGUGAAGCAUCAGAUUGAUGGACUUGACAAAGACAACUUUGUGUACAACUACAGUAUAAUUGAAGGUGAUGCCAUCGGAGACAAAGUUGAGAAAAUCUCUUACGAGAUUAAGUUGGUGGCAUCUCCAAGUGGAGGCUCCAUCAUCAAGAGCACCAGCCACUACCAUUGCAAAGGUGAGGUUGAGAUCAAGGAAGAGCAUGUCAAGGCCGGAAAAGAAAGAGCCGCUGGUUUGUUCAAGAUCAUUGAGAACCACCUUUUGGCCAACCCUGAGGCCUACAACUAAAUCAAACUAUGAUAAUGCUACUGCAUUACACUGUGUCGUUGUGUCAUGUUCUUUAUAUAUUUGGUGUGGCUUUGAUAUUCAUUUCCUUUUCUAUCGUACCAAGCCAGAGAUUGUUUUGGCUUGCAGUCGCAGUGAUGAUGAAUUGUAACGUAUUACAUUUCAUUUGAUUCAGUAAAGAAUAAAAUGUAUGAUCAUCUUUAUACUUA